AUGAACGAGAGAGAGAUAGGCUGUAGCGGAGCAGCAGCAGCAGCAGCAGCAACAGCAGCAACAGCAACAGCAAGUGACCUGCGGCGGCGCCCUGACAUACUAUUAGCUGGUUCACCUGCUGCAAUGCUCUUUGCAUUCUUAGACACUCAAGAAGACUUCUCUGGGGCUUCUCAGGCCUUAGCUGCUCUCCCUACGGUCUGUAAGACACAGGGACUAACCGAAUCUAGCAGCAGCAGCAGCAGCAGCAGCAGCACAUCAGCAGCAGGAAAGGCAGCAGCAGCUGAUGUCGACUGCAACCUCACUGGAGUUGAUCCAGAGUGCUUCCUUAUCAAUCUUGCAGGCCAAGUGGGGAAGACCUGGGAUACGCAGCUAGCCGAUGAAAGCCGUGCUGCUGAGAUGAUAGAGAAGCUAUUAAAGAGUCAAGGCCUUACCUUGCAAGCAGCAGCAGCAGCUUGCGCAGCAGCACCUCUAGCAGUGCCGCUGCUGACGCAGUUUGGCUCUGCUCUCCCCAGUGCUGCUGAGGAUAGUGCAGUCGCUCUUAGGGUAUGGUGUGAGGACCCCGUGCUGCUGCAGCGAUGUGCAUGCGAUAUGUCUGCACCAGCUGCAGCAGCAGCAGAACAGCAGCAGCAGCCGGAGCUGCACCCACCGUGA